UUUAUAAAUAUUAGGCUUGUAAUUAUUAUAUUCAUUAAGUAAUAAAAAGUUCAAAAUAAUAAAUAACAAUGCCACGACAAUUAUGGGGCGAAUUUGUUGAAGAAGAUAAAGUUAUUAAAGACGAAGACAACAAAAUGAUACCCUUAGGAGCUAAACGCAUUAAAUUAACAGAAAUGCAGAAUCAGCCACCCUUGGAAGCGAAUAAAAAUGUGUUGGUUAAAGUUAAGAAUCCUCUUGUAACACAAACCAUAGAAGUAAUGAAACAAACCGAAAUGUUACAAUCUUUAAUCGACACUUAUUCCAACAAAUCGGGGACUUCAAAUUAUUUGCUGAAUCCUUGCCAAAUGAUACCUGAAGUCGAUUUUCCACCAGAAAAUGCAGCAGACUUUGUUUCAGACGAAAAAUUUAACAAGCCCAUUUGGUUUGUCCCCCCAAGGGACAGCGAUUUUGCAAAAGGAGUCCCACAACAUUAUCCGCAAGUUAAUUCAGAAAUAUGUAGAGCUUCAUUGCGUAAAGCAGUUUGUGGUCAGAUGAGAGUUGCUGGUUUUACAGAUACAGCUGAAUCGGCUUUAAUACUAUUUGCUGAUGCUUGCGAAGAGUUCAUACUCAAUUUAAUGCAACAUGUUAGGGAAGUACAUGCAAAUGAUGUUAAUUUAGAAACGCAGCGAGAUAUCGAAGUAAAAAAUUUGGAAAAAGCCUACUAUUCAAUGACGAACAAUUCUUUAACACAGGUUCACAAUUAUUUUAAACAUCAUCUGAUUGCUCGCAAUCGCAUGGAAAUUGCCGAAUUUAAUGGUGCUUUCCAGGAGUACGACAAAUUGAUGAAGGAAAGCCAAAACAUGCAAAAGGAAGAAUUUCAAGAAGGCGAUUUUAUGAAUAUCUUUGAAAUGCCAGCAACAUCCGAUGGUAAUACAAUGGGAAUGCAGGAUUUUAACGGUGUAGUGGCUGCUAGCGGUACAGGAGUUAGUACCAAUGCCAGUGGUGGAAAUAAUAUUAAUGUUGUUAACCAAAAUACAUUAAUGAGUCUAUUAGAAGGUCAAAACCAAAUAACUGUACAACAAGAUUCUCAUCCCACUACAGUUGAUAUUCAUACAUAUAGCUCAGACAUUAACACAAACUUUCAAAGCCAUGAAUAAAUUACAUAAAAUAAUUGA